ACAAGCCCCGGGAAGCCCAGACGCCGGGGUCUGGGGUCUCCAGGCUGAGUGUCUCUGCCUCCCAAGGCUAAGGCCUUUGCCGUCACCUUGGGAGGAGGCAGGGAGAAGGUUGGGGUUGGAGGAACAACCUCUGGGCGCGUUUCCCACACCAUUCCCGGCCCAAGCUCCACUCCGCCACCCCUGUGGUUGCCCAAGGUCAGGCUGAAGCAGGCCACCGAUUCCUGGCUCACCUCACCAGGUGGGGAAACUGAGGCCUGGGAAUGGUUCAAGGUCAUUAAGGAGACUGUUUCACCCUGCGUCUGACGGCAGCCCUCACUGUUCAUCCUGGGGGUUAGGGGGACCCUCUCCCCCAAAGAGGCCAGGGCUGCCCCAGGCUAACUAGGCAGGGAGGGCCCAGCUCCAGGACCCAGCAUUCCUGCCCGUCUCCUCUGCCCCUUCCUUAGUCUAGGAUGAAGGGGCAGGAUUGAGGGGACAGGAGGAGCAAGGGACAGAACUGGGACUGUGCUCCCCACAGGAACUCCUGAGGGCACCCCCGCCCUAGCCCUGCACAAACGCGCCAAGUGUACAACACAGAAUCCCACUGGGGGGGCGAGGGGGACACCACAGUGUUAGGACAGCCCCUGUGAGGUCGGGGCUGCCAGGGGGACAGCCACAGGGGCAGCUGCCAGAUCCUGCCCCCCAGGAAGAGGCCUGAAGCCAGCCAGCCCGGGACUACCCAGGUAGCAGCAUGGAGCAUAGCACUCCCUCCUUACGUCGCUUCCCAGGGACUCAAACCCCUGUACUUCCAUGUGCAGGCCCUUUAGCUGGCCCCAAGCAGCCCCACCUGCGCUGUGGACGCCCCAGCCCCAGGAUCCCAUUCCGGGACUGGGCUGCCCAGACCACCCUCCCCUCCCCCAGCACUCCCAGGGCUGGCUGAGGGUGGCGCCUUCCCCCGGCCCACCCGCAGCCUCUUAGCUGCCACUGCAGGGAGCAGCAGCUUUUGCUUGGAGAGCAGGACCGGGACCAUUGCCCUCCCUCUUUCCUGCCAGCUUGCAAGGAACUUUGGGAUGAGACAGAAAGAAAUUGGGCCCAGAUAGUAGCAAGAUUUUUGGGCUAGAGAUUUUCUGACAUUCGGAAGCAAAACCGGAGAGGUUUGAAUUGGGGUCAUGCCAAGUGCAGAUACGUCCCUACCUAUGACACAUGCCUGUGUUCAGGGGCCCUGGCUAAGGGCAGAGAAAGGGACUGGGCCACCUGGAGACUGACCACCUGGAUUUGGGGGCCAGCUUCUCCGUGGCCUGAGCCGCAGAGGAAGCAGGGCUUCAGAGGCGGAGGGGGCCUUUAGCCAGCUGGCCCAUGGGGCUGCCCCACAGCGCAUGCACACGCCCUACGACAGCCCUCCCUGGGGCCUGUAGGAGACCCUGAGCCGGGAGGCACAGAGGGGAGAAGGGGCUCCCCAGGCCAUACCUGGGGCCUAAAUGGCCUGGAGAAGACACCAGCUAGGGAGCCGGGAGCCUGCAGGAGCCUUCACUGCCUUGUGCGCCUCGCACACCUGGGCCAGGUUCCCACCCAUGUCGGGCUGCCCACUGACGCCCAGGGGGGGCAGGGACCCGCCCAUGGGGAUAGGGCACAGCCCCUUCAGCAACGGGAAUGGCACCUCCACCCAGCACUGGCCCAUCCAGAAAAUGGGGUGGUCAUCUUUGUCUGUGCCCCCAAGAGUGGGGAGCGUCACCAGACACAUGAGCCCUGGCCAGGCCUCUGUGGGGGGCUCCUGGCCAAGGGACAGGGCCUGUGUCCUCUCUUGCAGCCAGCACUGACUGGGCCUUACUGGGCAUGGGCCCUGUGCCAGGCGCCCUCCACGCAGGGCCUCCUGGAGUCCCCACACUGACCCCGUGAGGCGGGUCCAGUCCUGUGAAGACUCUGAGGCCGCGGGAGCCCUGGCCCAGGGCCACCGGGAAAGGCCACUCUCCGGGCCAGAGCCUGCGUUGCUUGCCCGCACCCCACAUCUGAACCACAGCCGCUGCCAGACUGGGAAGGACCCCCGUCAGUCUCAUCCCCGUCCGCUUGGACACCUUAGUGACAAGCCCCCACCUCCCGCUUCAGAGAAGCCACUGCUUGGGGCAGAGCUGGCUGGCCCAGACCCUGCCACCUCCCCAGCCUUGAGGCUCAGGUGCUCAUGUCUCUGCUCAUCAGAGGGUCCCUCUACCUGACAUUAGUGACCAGACAUAGGAUCAGAUCCUCACCUGGCCAUGCUGUGGCUUUGGCAAGUCAGCUAACCUCCGUGGGCCUCAGUUUCCCCAUCUGUAACACAGGGGCAGCAAUAGUAUUCCUCUCCUGGGCCCAGGUGAAGGCUGAGGUCAUUCUUCCUGAGGACUGGCUGCUCUGUCCCUCAACCCCCUGCCUCUGGGGUCCCACGUGGAUCACUUCUGGAAGGCGGUAGAGUCCCAGGUCCUCAGAGGCUGAGGCGCGUAGUUCCAGCUGUCCAGGGGAGGCUGGGCCUGGCCCCUGUGCCCCAUCGCGUCUCCGCCCCACUGGAGAGCCCUUAAUCUGAGCCUGCCCAGGGGCUGCUGAGGGGGCUAAGGAGGUUUCCUGGGGGCUAGAACAGCUGGCUCUGGACCCCCACACACACCCGCACUCCUAGGGGCUUCUCUGCUCCCUGGAGGGAGGCCUUAGCAGGGCUUCAAGGCUGGGUGGGGAACGGGGUCCGAGUGGUGGGAGGACGCCCCCUUUCAGAAGACCCUUGGGGUUCCCCAGGCACAGGGGUCAGCCCCUCAGGACUGCUAGGGAUGGCCUCCCGGGCCCCUCUCCCCUGAGCUGUGCCCGCGUGGGGACAGCCCACCCACAGCCUCCCGGUCUUGCUCCAGCCUCUGGGCACUUCCCAAAUAUUUGCUUUCCCUGGACACUGGCUGGGCUGGGCUCAAAGGGGAGAGAGGUGCGGAAGCUGCUGUCCCCUCGCCACCCCUGCAAGCUCUCCUCGCCUGGAGAAGCCAGCCAGGCCCACCCUGGGUCCCAGCCGGGGUCUGUGCCAUCCCUUUCCUCGGGAAAAGCCCCACCCCACAGUCCCCAUCCUGUGGGGGGGGAGCAGCAGCCCCUUCGGGUGGGGGCUUGGCUGGCCCAGGGCUCCCCUUCAAGGACCAAAGCCUCCACAGGGCCCUCGGGCCAGGCCCCCGCAGCCAUGGGGUGAGCGCAUUAGCCAGAAAAGCCCCUUCAUCAGACGGGACAGCUUGGUCGCCAGGAGCCCGACCUCCCUCCUGGGAAACCCCCUCCCAACUUGGAGCCUCGGGCCAGGCUGGGAUAAAGGCCACACUGUUCCCCCAGGAGGGGAGGGGCGCAGGGGGUGGAGAAAGGUGGCUCUGUUGGCCGCACAAGGCCCCAUUCAGCCGGGGCCUGGUUGUCCCGGACAGGCUGGCCCGGGCCUGGGAGCCACUGCUGCUGGCCUGGGCUGGCCGGCCAGCCGGCUGCACCCAGGGUGCAGGGUAUGGGGCAGUGGCUCCCGGAGGCCCCAGUUUGGACUGGGUGUGCCUCACACCCUGCCAGCCUCCACACUGUGCCUCUGCCCCCCAGGCAGGUGGGCUGGUCAGCUGCCACCGUCCCAGAGCUCCUACCCCAUCUGGGAGGACUUCAACUCCAAGGCCACAAAGCUGCAUUCCCAGCUGAGGACCACUGUGCUGGCUGCUGUGGCCUUCUUGGAUGCCUUCCAGAAAGUGGCUGACAUGGCCACCAACACCCGAGGGGCCACGCGGGACAUCGGCUCGGCGCUCACGCGCAUGUGCAUGCGCCACCGCAGCAUCGAGACCAAGCUGCGGCAGUUCACCAACGCGCUGCUGGAGAGCCUCAUCAACCCGCUGCAGGAGCGCAUCGAGGACUGGAAGAAGUCGGCCAACCAGCUGGACAAGGACCACGCGAAAGAGUACAAGCGGGCUCGGCACGAGAUCAAGAAGAAGUCCUCCGACACGCUGAAGCUGCAGAAGAAGGCGCGCAAAGAGCUACUUGGCAAAGGAGACCUGCAGCCGCAGCUGGACAGCGCCCUGCAGGACGUCAACGACAUGUACCUGCUGCUGGAGGAGACGGAGAAGCAGGCGGUGCGCCGGGCACUCACCGAGGAGCGGGGCCGCUUCUGCACCUUCAUCACCUUCCUGCAGCCUGUCGUGAACGGAGAGCUGACCAUGCUGGGGGAGAUCACCCACCUGCAGGGCAUCAUCGACGACCUGGUCGUGCUGACCGCCGAGCCCCACAAGCUGCCGCCCGCCAGUGAGCAGGUGAUCAAAGACCUGAAGGGCUCAGACUACAGCUGGUCCUACCAGACCCCACCCUCGUCACCCAGCAGCUCCAACUCCCGGAAGUCCAGCAUGUGCAGCGCCCCCAGCAGCAGUAGCAGUGCCAAGGGUGGCGGAGCCCCGUGGCCAGGGGGUGCCCAAACAUACUCACCCAGUUCCACUUGUCGCUACCGCAGCCUGGCACAGCCAGCCACCGCCACCGCCCGCCUCUCCAGCGUCUCCUCCCACGACUCUGGCUUCGUCUCCCAGGACACCACCUACUCCAAGCCUCCCUCGCCCAUGCCUUCAGACAUCACCAGCCAGAAGUCCUCCAGCUCCGCGUCCUCGGAGGCCUCGGAAACCUGCCAGUCUGUGAGCGAGUGCAGCUCCCCCACCUCGGACUGGUCCAAGGCCGCCGCCCACGAGCAGUCCUCAGCCACCACCCUGCAGCGGAGGAAGGACCGGGUAGAACUCCUGCGAGACGCAGAGCCAGGUCCCGCCAGCGGGGCCACCAUGGGCCCCAGUGGGGAGGAAGUGCCGCGACCCCGCAUGUCCCCUGCCACCAUUGCUGCCAAGCACGGUGAGGAGGUGUCCCCUGCGGCCAGUGACCUGGCCAUGGUGCUGACCCGUGGCCUGAGCCUCGAGCACCAGAAGAGCAGCCGGGACUCGCUGCAGUACUCCAGCGGCUACAGCACGCAGACCACCACGCCCUCCUGCUCCGAGGACACCAUCCCCUCCCAGGGCUCCGACUACGACUGCUACUCCGUGAAUGGGGACGCAGACAGCGAGGGCCCGCCCGAGUUCGACAAGUCGUCCACCAUCCCGCGCAACAGCAACAUCGCCCAGAACUACCGCCGCCUCCUCCAGACCAAGCGCCCCGCCUCCACCGCCGGGCUGCCGUCUGCGGGGCUGCCCUCCGCCAGCGGCCUGCCCUCGGGCGCGCCCCCCGGCGUGGCCACCAUCCGCCGCACGCCCUCCACCAAGCCCACCGUGCGCCGCGCCCUGUCCAGCGCCGGCCCCAUCCCCAUCCGGCCGCCCAUCGUCCCCGUGAAGACGCCCACAGUGCCCGAUUCGCCCGGCUACGUGGGGCCCACCCGGGCGGGCAGCGAGGAGUGCGUCUUCUACGCCGACGAGGCCGCCUCGCCCCUGGCGGCAGACCUCGCCAAGGCCUCCCCGAAGAGGCUCAGCUUGCCCAACACGGCCUGGGGCAGCCCGGCCCCGGAGGCUGCCAGCUACCCCGGGGCGGCGGAGGACGAGGAGCAGCAGCAGCUGGCCGCCAACCGGCACAGCCUGGUGGAGAAGCUGGGCGAGCUGGUGGCGGGCGCCCAUGCCCUGGGCGAGGGCCAGUUCCCCUUCCCCACCACCCUGUCGGCCACCCCCGCGGAGGAGACGCCCACCCCGCCUCCUGCGGCCACCAGCGACCCGCCGGCUGAAGACAUGCUGGUGGCCAUCCGCCGCGGGGUCCGGCUCCGCAGGACCGUCACCAACGACAGGUCUGCACCCCGCAUCUUAUGAUGGCACCGCCCUCCCCACCCUCUCUGGCCUGGGAGUAGUGGCCACUCGGAGUGGAGGCACAGCCAGGAGCGAGUGCAGGGCCAGGCCACAGGCAGAGCCACUUUAUGGAGAGACACACCCGGCUUGGAUUCCAGCGUUUAAGCGGGAGGUGACUUCCUUAACAGACCCCGCCAGGACAGAGCCUUCGGGCCUUGAACUGGGUUGGAGCCCGUUUUAUACGUUUCUGUCCCCUUCCUCCGUGCAGGCCCUGUCUCUUCCACACCCAGG